CGGUGCAUCUGAACCGGCGACGGCGGCGGCAAGCCAGCACAAGUCGCAAUUUCUGUGAACUCGCAUCGCGGUAAAACGUUUACAAAAAAAUCCUUUGAAAACUGUUGUUAAUAUCACUAGAAGUGUUGAGUAUUCAGUAAACAAUUUCAAAAUGGAAAACCAGAGUGCUACAAUCAAACCAGAACAUCAAGAAACGGACGAAUCUUCCCGGGAAAAUGUUCCGAACAACGCUGCUCAAACUGUUUCAAAAAAGCGUCGCCAUAGCGAUAACGACUGCCCCGCGGAGGAAGCCGUGAAACCCAAGAAAAUUUUCAAAUACGGAAACUACAACCGGUACUACGGCUAUCGAAAUAAGAACGAAUCACCGAUGGCGGAUGUUCGCCUUCAGGCUUUCAUCUCCCUCAAAGACAAAAUAACUGGAAAGCAAAUGUUGGACAUUGGCUGCAACAACGGUUCGCUGACUCUCCUGAUAGCGAAACAUUGUCAUCCCACUAGGACCGUUGGCAUCGAUAUAGACGGUGAUUUGAUUGGAAGUGCCCGACGUCACCAAUCAAACAUGCUAAAGUCCUGUACCGAUGAUGAAGACACAUUCAAAGUCUUGAAACGCGUUGAGUUUAGAACGGCAAACUACGCUUAUCAGGACGAAUCUCUCCUGGCUAGCGAGAAACCUCAGUUCGAUGUGAUAUUGUGCCUAUCGGUGACGAAGUGGAUACACCUUAACUUUGGAGAUGCCGCAGUGAAGCUCACCUUCAAGCGCGCCUAUCGCCAGUUGAACGAAGGUGGCAUUUUUAUACUGGAGGCGCAGCCCUGGAGCAGUUAUAAGAAGAAAAAGAAACUAACGGAUGCAAUAUUUGAGCAGUUCAAACAAAUCGCUUUCCGUCCGGAUGAGUUCAAUCGGUACCUGCUGGGCGAUGAGAUUGGCUUUCGGGAGAUGUUUGAGCUCAAGAUAGCCGAUCAUGCGGUGAAGGGCUUCCGAAGGCCGAUUUAUGCGUUUCGGAAAUAGGAAGGUAAGUCAAAUGUGAUAUGCAGUUGUUUUGUUGAGAUAAAAAAAAACUAAGUGAAUUCGACAUA